AACAGAGCUUUUGUUUAGAAUAUUUUAUAUAUCUUUUAUAUAGUUUAAACAUUCAGAUCUUAAAGACUUCAAAAGUAUAAAGCAUUUUGCCGAAUCUCAAAUUUCAUACUUAUUUCAUUUUUAUUCGCAACUGUGAUAUAGGUCUAUUCCUUUUACUUACACGAGACGAGUAAACCAAGAUGUAUGGUUAUGAAUGAGAACUGUCAUAUUUGCAAAAACGGCACAACGGCAAUGCGUUGUUUAUCCUAAGUAAAUUUAUUCAACUCGUAUUAUUUUACGGAAAACUAUCAUAUUGGUAUGAUAUUUGAAUAUUAGCAAGGUGAUAGGACAGAUAUAAUUUGCAAAGAUUUUAACAAGUUAAUGGAGAGGUAUGUGUGUACAUAAAGUAAUAAACUAUUAUUUGGAAGCAAUGAAUGUACAAAAAAUGUUGCCGAUCACGUCGAAAGAUUCAGAGACCAAGGACAGUGACGGAAGAGGUACGAUUAAAGUUAUAGAUCGUCCAACGUUCAUACUAAAAACGAGAGAAGGCGAGAACAGAGCUGUGUCACCAAAUCAACGCAAUGGUGGUAACAAAAAAGAAGGUGAUUCGUCUACCAAUGUUCCAACAAAGAUACAAGAUCCGGCUCGUACUGUACUAUCAACAUGUCCUGAAAUGACAAGUAGUGUAAAAUUUAUGGAUGAAAAUAUGCAACUUUGUGAAAGCCCUCUUGAAUUCCUGUAUGAUCAGCAGGAUUUCUUAGUUGUGGGAUGUUUAGGAGCUCAAGGUGUUGGAAAAUCAACCAUAAUGUCUCUUCUAACAUCUAACAUUGCGUCUGAUAUAUUUCCAACUCAAGAUACGUCACAUCAUGAAAGUGGUGCAAAUUGCACUAUUGGUAUCGAUUUUUUCGUGACAAAAAAUCGAGUAAUAUAUCUGGAUACACAACCUAUACUCUCGGGAUCUACUAUAGAUUAUUCCACGUGUUACGAUCAAAAAAAAUCUACAACGGACUUCAUAAACACAGAGACUAAUUUAGAGCUGCAAUCCUUACAAUUCGCAGCAUUCCUUUUUUCAGUUUGUCACGUUAUUAUAUUUGUGCAAGAUUGGUUCGUUGAUCCAAACUUAGUUAGAUUUUUACAAACUGCGGAAAUGUUAAAGCCAUCCUCUACUAGCAAUAUGGACCAAGAUUAUGUCGAAUAUUAUCCUCAUAUUGUGUUUUUACAUAAUAAAGCUGAAUUGCAAGAUUUUACGCCUCACAGUGUGGAGAAAGUGAAAGAAUUUUAUAAUAAAUUAUUCUCCAGUUCUAGAUUACAAACCCACAGUGGUUUGGAUUUGAGUAAUAAUUCUAUGGAGGCGGGAUUAAAUUUAUUUUUUGUACCUCGCAUUGUAAACGAAGAAGAACCUACAAUACGCCAAAACCGGAAAAAACUGAUAGAAAAGCUAAAAACAAAAAUACAUGGUGUUACUAGAAAUCCAAUGACGCCAACUACCCUAACAGAAAAAAAUUGGUACCACUAUGUUUCAAGAGUAAUGGAAGCGAUUAAGAAGAGUCACCUUUCUUCAGAGUAUGGAAGGUUAAUGCCAUAAUCUUCAGUUACGCUACAUGUGCAACAGAUGAGUUUCGCGUGAAGCAGUGUGCGAAAAACAUUAUGAGAAGAAAACUAUAAUAAUAGAUUGUUUAAUGCAAUUAACGCAUUUUUUUUAACAAAAAGUCAUCAUCAUUUAUUUAGAUUCGUAAUGCAUAAUCACAGAAGUUGGAAAGUAAUGAUUUUCUACGUUUUUCUGAGUGAGGUUUUACAUGUAAUAGUAAAUGUAAAAUCGAAUAAAUCAAAGAAAAAUUGAAACGAUA